GCUGUGGGUGCUGUGUGGGGUGCUGUGGGUGCUGUUCCUGCCUCACAGGGCGCUGUGGGUGCUGCUCUGUGCUCCCAGGGUGCUGUGCCAGGUUCAUGGGGUGCUGUGGGUGCUGUGCCAGGGUUGUGGUGCUGUGCUGGCCUGCCUUGGUGCAAGGCUCAGGUGCUCAGCUCUGGGAGUGCAGUGGAAUGCCUGGGGCUCCUGGGCUCUGUGGGGAGCUGAUGGUGGCCUGCUGGAAUUUGCAUAAUUAAUUGCCUCACCAUAACUUAUUAAGCGUUGCCCUCACAGUCUCGUGCCCUUGCAGCUGUGAUUCACCCCAGACUGGGAGCAUGAAGGGCAGACUGAUGCAUGUUCCCAGGGUCCCUGUAGCUCUGGGAAAGCCUGUCCAUACAUCUCCCUGGAUUUAUCUUGGCCCUUUUUGGAAGCCGGACAUGGCACGUGGGACACGGCACAUCCCCCGCUUUGGGCUUGGCUGCUCCAGCUGUGGAUGUUGUGUGUGUAGGAGCUGCUCGGGCACCAGCACAGGCCAGCGCCCGGCCUUUGAUCCAGUGCCACGACUGAUAACACAGCCACGAUCAAUAACACAGCCAGUCCCAGCUCCAGAGCAAAGUUUGUGUGUGACAACAGGGCCCGGAGGGAACUGUGGCCCUGGGGCAGGAGCAGCUCGGCCACUGGGAUGCAUCCAGGAAUACGGGGCUGUGUAGGAUUUGGGGCCAGGCUGUGUGGGAAUUAGCACUGCCCUUAAUUGCUGCUCAGUGAGGCAGAAUGGGAGCUGCUGGGGCCCCAGCAGCCCACUCUGCCCUUGGCUGUGGCUGUUUCUGGGUGGAAGCUCAAGGCAAGGUUGGGUUUCUCUUCCUGCAAAGCUUUUUGCUUUAAUUAUUAACCAGUGCCAGGCAGUGCCAUGGCUUCUGGCUGGAGAUAAGCCAGGGCUGGGGAAAGGCUUGGGGGACCUUGCUGACCUCAGGCCCGCAGCCCCUCCAUAGCUCCUGCAGCACCCAUAAGUGCAGGUGGGGUACAGGUUCUUCCAGGUCUGGUUUUAGGGGGGAUGAGGAUUUUGGGGAAGGGACAGACUCCUAGGAACCAUCUGUCUGUAUAGGACUCUCCCUGCCGCUGGGCCUGUUCUUGUCCCGGGCUGGCCACAGCAGCCAGGGACCAUCCAGCUAAAAAUAACACCAGUAAAUAAAAUGCUUCCUCCUGGUCUGGCACGCAGGAGUGGAGGCACAGGGAGCUGGGACGUGCCUGGCCAUGGCUGCACAGCAGGACUGGCCCCAAGCCAGAGAGCUCUGGGCUGGUGCCACCGGCUGUGGGCCCGGCUGAGCACCCUCAGCACCACACUGCCCAGCCCAUGAGGACACGGUGUCCUGUGUGGUCCCUGGUGCGGGCAGCAGGAUGUCACAGGGCCCUGCACAGUGUUGCCUUCACCUUCCACUUCCUCUUCCUCACCUAUGCCCUAUCUGUCAGGGCUGCAAUCAGCUGAGGCUGCUUGGCCCCUCCCUGGGCUGGGCAAGGCUAUAAAAUUCAGCAGCCAAGCAAAGGGUGUCACAAGGAUCUGGGAGCUGUUGGCAGGCAGCAGCAGCGAUGGCAACGCUCUACCCCUCCCUGGAGGACAUGAAGGGCCAUCAGGUCCUGCAGGCACAGGCAGCUGCUGGGGUGAGGACCCCCUCCACCACGGUGGUCACGGAGAAGCCAAAGCUCACCUCGGGCACCGAGCCGCCUGUGCUGUACCCCAACCUGGCUGAGCUGGAGAACUACAUGGGGCUUGCACUCUCCAGCGAGGAGAUCCAGAAGAACCUGCACCCAGAGGACAACACCGCCCUGACCCCCGUGGGCCCCACCCCGGGCCAGCUGGUCGCCCCCCUGACCGGGAACAGCGUGGGGCUGCGGCGGGCAGAGAUCAAGCCGGGUGUGCGGGAGAUCCACCUGUGCAAGGACGAGCGGGGCAAGACGGGGCUGCAGCUGAAGAACGUCGACCAGGGCAUCUUCGUGCAGCUGGUGAAGGCCAACUCCCCGGCGGCGCUGGUGGGGCUGCGCUUCGGGGACCAGGUGCUGCAGAUCGACGGCAAGAACUGCGCGGGCUGGAGCAGCGACAAGGCACAGCGGGCACUGAAGAAGGCAAACCCCGAAAAAAUCGUCAUGGUAGUGCGGGACAGGCCUUUCCAGCGCACUGUCACCGUGCACAAGGACAGCACCGGCCACAUCGGCAUCGUGGUGAAGAAGGGGAAGAUCGUGUCGCUGGCCAAGGACAGCUCAGCCGCCCGCAACGGGCUCCUCACCCACCACUGCAUCUGUGAGGUGAACGGCCAGAACGUCAUCGGCAUGAAGGACAAACAGCUCACGGAGGUGCUGGCGGGGGCUGGGAAUGCGGUGACGCUGACCAUCAUCCCCACUGUGAUCUAUGAGCACAUGGUCAAACGGCUCUCAUCAGGGCUGGUGAAGUCGUCCAUGGACCACUCCAUCCCUGACCUGUGAUGCCAUCACUGCCUUCCCGGGGAGCUGACGCUGGAAGGUGGGAGGAGCUGCUGAGGGGACACCACAACACCUGAAAAGAAGCUUUUUUAGCGUGAAUCUCCUCAUCGCUCCAGAGGCUGGUGGCUGCUGGGUGGUUCUUCCUCUCCUCAGAAGGGGUGGGGCAGGUGUCAUGUCCCAGGGUCCCCAUGUCCC